UUAAUUAACAAAAAUCCAUAUAAGCAAACAAAGGACACGAGAGCCUUCUUAAACUCCACCACUCGACGCGAGAGCAAAGCUUAGUAGAGCUCUCGCGGACUCGUACGGCCCGCCAACAAUGGCGGCACUCGCCUUCCUCCUCCUCCUCCUCCUCCUCUUCCUCGGCGCGCUCGCGUCUUCCUCCGCGUCGGCAGCACCAGCGCGCCGCCCGCCUCCUUUCCCCGCGGGCACCCCUCCUCUGCUGCGGGCGGCGAGCUCGAGUUCCGGCGGCAGGUACGCCGCCUCCGCCGUGGCGAGCGGCGGCAAGGCGGCGCCGGAGCCGGAGAAGAAGACGAAGAACCCGUUCAGGGCGCACUACUUCCCCCAGGAGCUGGACCACUUCACCUUCACCCCUAACGCCUCCAGAAUCUUCUACCAGAAGUACCUCGUCAACGACACCUUCUGGCGGAAGCCCACCGGCAAAGGCAGAGGCGCCGCCGCCGCUCCAGGGCCGGUGUUCGUGUACACGGGCAACGAGGGCGACAUCGAGUGGUUCGCCACCAACUCCGGCUUCCUCUUCGACAUCGCCCCAAAAUUCUCCGCCCUCCUCGUCUUCAUCGAGCAUCGGUUCUACGGGGAGUCGAAGCCGUUCGGGAACGAGUCGUACGGGUCGGCGGCGACGCUGGGGUACCUGACGUCGACGCAGGCGCUCGCCGACUUCGCCGUGCUCAUCACCAGCCUCAAGCACAACCUCUCCGCCCCCGUCGCCCCCGUCGUCGUCUUCGGCGGAUCCUACGGCGGCAUGUUGGCGUCUUGGUUCAGGCUCAAGUAUCCUCAUGUUGCCAUGGGAGCUCUGGCGUCCUCUGCGCCCAUCCUGCAGUUCGACGACAUCACGCCUUGGUCCAGCUUCUACGAUGCAGCCUCCCAAGAUUUCAAGUCUGAGAGCAAGAACUGCUUCAGUGUCAUCAAGGCGGUUUGGGAUGUGCUGGAUGAAAGGGGAUCCAAUGACAAAGGGCUCUUGCAGCUCAGCAAAACAUUCAGGGCCUGCAAGACCGUGAAGUAUGUUGACUCGCUGAGCAACUGGCUAUGGACAGCAUUCGUGUACACCGCCAUGGUGGACUAUCCAACCCCUGCCAAUUUCCUUAUGAAUCUGCCUGCUUACCCAGUCAAAGAGAUGUGCAAGAUCAUCGACGCUUUCCCCCCUGGAGCAGACAUUGUCGACAAAGCUUUCUCAGCGGCGAGCCUGUACUACAAUUACACAGGUGACCAGAAGUGCUUCGAUGUAGAGGGUGGGGAUGACCCUCAUGGCCUCAGUGGCUGGGGCUGGCAGGCUUGCACAGAGAUGGUCAUGCCGAUGACGGUGUCGAACAAGAGCAUGUUCCCACCAUCCAGCUUCAGUUACGAGGAAAAGUCUGAGGGCUGCCUCGCGAGCUAUGGAGUUCGGCCGAGGAUGCAUUGGAUCACUACUGAAUAUGGUGGUCAUAAAAUUGAUAAAGUUCUCAAGAGGUUUGGGAGCAACAUCAUCUUCUCCAAUGGAAUGCGAGACCCGUGGAGCCGAGGAGGGGUGCUCAAGAACAUAUCAUCCAGCAUCAUUGCUCUGGUCACAGAGAAAGGGGCACAUCAUUUGGACUUCAGAACUGCAACCAAAGAUGAUCCAGACUGGGUCAUAGAACAAAGGAGACAAGAAGUUGAGAUCAUACAAGGAUGGAUAGAUCAGUAUAACAAGGACAUAGCACAUAUGUCGCAGUAAGAAGGCACAAUUGCUGUCAUAGAGAAAGGAAAAGAAUAUUAUCUGGCCCAAUGCAAACUGCAAGGAUAUUUUCUUUGUUUUACAGGGUUAUAGCACAGAAGAUUAAGAUACCACAUUUAGUGCAACUGCAAAUUCAAUAACUUCUGUCAUAUGCAAAUCACAAAUGUGAAGUUCUCUUUGUGCAGUUCGACUUCUGAACUGCUAAAUGAACAUUGAAUUUACAGAAAAAUAGUGUAUGGAUUUUCCCUA